CAAAAAUGCCUUGGAAGCCACUGAAGCAAACCGGUUAAACUCUGUACAGUUAAAACACUCUUGUCUCCAGAUCUCUGUCCCUCCACUCUCUCUCUCUCUCUAAAGCCAAACUGAAAAAUUUUCAGACGAAAUCCAAAGAGACAUGAACCCAAUGUCAAUUUGCUCUUCGUCCUCUUCUUCUUCUUCUUCUUCUUCUUCGUCUUCUUCAACAGCUAAAGCUUGGAUAGUUCACAGCAUUCUAGCUGGUACAGCAAUUGCCGUGGCCAUAGGUGCCCGUGCCUAUCUGGGUGGGGCCAAGAAGUUCCGGUCCCGGGUCGUGGGCAUUAUACCCGCCAGGUUUGCCUCUUCCCGGUUCCAAGGCAAGCCUUUGGUUCAGAUCCUUGGAAAACCCAUGAUUCAGAGAACUUGGGAAAGGUCAAAAUUGGCAACUACAUUGGAUCAUAUAGUUGUGGCUACGGAUGAUGAAAAGAUUGCCGAAUGCUGUCGAGGAUUUGGUGCUGAUGUGAUAAUGACAUCAGAGUCUUGUCAAAAUGGCACUGAAAGAUGUAAUGAAGCACUUGGAAAGCUAGAGAAGAAGUAUGACAUUGUUGUGAAUAUUCAGGGGGAUGAACCACUUAUUGAACCUGAGAUAAUAGAUGGAGUUGUUAAAGCUCUGCAGGCAGCACCAGAUGCAGUGUUUAGCACUGCUGUCACCUCUUUGAAACCUGAAGAUGCUUUUGAUCCAAAUAGAGUGAAAUGUGUGGUAGAUAACCGUGGUUAUGCUAUUUAUUUCUCUAGAGGACUGAUACCAUUUAACAAAUCAGCAAACGUUAACCCACACUUUCCAUACUUGCUUCAUCUUGGAAUUCAGAGCUAUGAUUCAGAAUUUCUAAAAAUAUAUCCAAAGCUUCAGCCUACUCCACUGCAAUUGGAAGAGGAUCUAGAACAGCUUAAAGUCCUUGAGAAUGGCUAUAAGAUGAAGGUCAUAAAGGUUGACCACGAGGCCCAUGGGAUUGACACACCCGAAGAUGUGGAGAAGAUAGAAUCUCUAAUGUGUGAGAGAAACUUGUCUUAGUUCAGAGAAUACCAAUCAGACAUUGAUAUUGAUAGUUGAACCUUUUAUGCAAUAGGUUAUAUGUAUUUGUUCAUCUAUGUUGUUUAGGAAACAGAAGGAAAGAGAAUGGAAGGAAUUGAAAAAUGUUUUUAAGUAAAAUUUUUCAUCAUAAA